AUGUCGGCGGCGAUGGAUAAAGCGUUAAUGACUAUGUCUUUGGAGGAAGAUGAUGCUCCUUUCGAGAUGCCAGAUUUACCUCAGUUCAGUUCUUGCGAAAAGAAUGAGUUGAGUCUGAUUGGUAGAUUGCUUAAUCCCCAAUGUCAAAGUAUGUCAAGUCUGGUCUUCAAUAUGCCCAGGAAAUGGCAGAAGAUAGGAAGGGUUCGUGGCGUGGCUCUCUCAAAUGAAAGAUUCCAGUUCAUAUUCAAUUCUGAGCAUGACUUAGUGGAAGUCUUAGAGAAAGGAUUUCAGACUUACAACGAAUGGGGUCUAGUUAUGGAAAGGUGGUCAGAAAAUCCAGGACCUGAGUCUCUGCAGUUUGUGUCGUUAUGGGUUCAAAUAAAAAACAUUCCUCUGAACUACUACACCAAGCAAACGAUUACGUUGUUAGGAGAGCUUGUUGGUCAGGUUGUGGAAGUUGUGUUUGAUCCUGAGAGACCACAAAAUAAGGAUUAUGUCCGUGUUAAGGUUAAGUUUGAUGUAUCUAAGCCUCUACGGAAAUCAAAGGUCAUUCUGCUGCCCAAAGGUCUGUCUACAUCAGUGUUCUACUUCUAUGAAAAGGUUCAAAAGAGAUGUUACAAAUGCCAAAGAAUGACUCAUGUCCAGGAGGAAUGUCCUUUGGUAUUGAAACAAAUCCAUGAUCAAGCCAUUGAUAAGAAGAUGGGAAGGAAGGUAGUUAAGACAAAACCAGAGUUGGUCUUAAAAGAAGAUGACCCCCUAUUUGGUGUGCUUAAAGAAGAACAAGUGGGAAUACAUCCUUUGUUGGGAAGACCUAGAAUUGCUCCAGAUGUCUUAGAAGGAAUGAGGCAGUAUAUGAAGUUAGCCACUAUGGAGGACCGGGCUCUGAGAAUUGAAAAGAUAAAGAGCUCUGUUGCAGAAGCAGAGAAGGACCCUCUUACUCAGAAAAUUGUCUUGAGAAUGGAACCUCCCCCAGUGAUUUCAACGGACUUCAAUAAAGGGAAGGGUCUCGUGUUUGGUUAUGAUUCUUCGGAGGUCUCCUCUAAGGAAGCAGCUCAACCGACUGGAUCAGAGAAGUUAAUGGGUGCGGCUAUUCAAGCUGGAAGGAACAGAUUUCAGGACUUGACAUCAGUACAAGGUUUGGAAGGGCUUUCCUUGGUUGAUUACUCUCAAGCGUCCUCUAACUCUCAGGCUGGUCCUACGGCUUAUGCAGUUGGCUUCUAUGAAGCUGGCUCUUCCGGGACUAAGCAGAGAAGAGGGAGAGGAAGGAAAAGGCCUUAUGUGAGUAAGAGGAAACCAAAACCUCUGCUGAAGAAAGUUGAGCCAGGUGAAGUGACUGUGAAAGAAGGUGUGAGUCAAGGGAAUAGUGAAAAGAGGAAGGGAGUGACAGGGGAAGUGGAAGGUCAAAGAGUUGUUAAGCACAACAAACCCGAGGUGGUCCCAAAUGAGGGACCGUCCAAUAUCUAA